AGAGAGAGGACCCCAAGCAGGCUCACGCUGCCAGCAUAGAGCCCGACACGGGGCUCGAUUCCUCGAACUUCGAGAUCACGACCUGAGCCAAAACGUGGUCAGGCACUCAACCAACUGAGCCACGCAGGUGCCCGUCACUACAUUAAUAGUAACCAAAGCCCACAGUUUACAUCUGUGUCCCCUCUUGGUGAUGGAUAGUCUGUGGUUGGGACAAAGGUACAGUGACACAUACCCACUCUCACAGCAUCACACAGAGCAGUUUCACUGCCCCCAGAAUCCUCUGUGUUCUGCCUGCCCCCUGCCCCAACCCCGACAACCACUGAAGCCUUUGCUGUCUCCAUAGCCCUCCUUUUCCAGGUGCCACACGUUGCAAUCGUACUGCACGGGGCCUUUGCAGACAGCUUCUUCCACUGAGUGAUGUGCAUUUAAGUUCCUCCAGGUCUAAACGGCCCUUUUCGGUCGCUGAGUGACACCCCGUUGUCUGGACUGACCGCACGAUCUGUGCCUUCAUCAUCGAAGGACGAUUUCAUUUCUUCCAAGUGCUGACACCCGUGAACAGAGCUGCUCUAAGCAUCGACGUGCGGGUUUUCAUGUGGGUGUAAGACGUUCGGGUAAAUAGGGAGAAGCAUGAACGCGGGAUCGUGCGGUAAGAACAUGUUUCGUUUCGUAGGAAACUGCCAAACCGCCUUCCGCAGUGCGCGUGCUGCCCCGCCUUCCCGCCGGCACCCGGGGCCCCUGCCACCGGCCCUCGUCGGCCUCGUUCUCCAUCUCAGCGCUUCUAACAGUAAUGAACGGCACCCACUCGCCGACGGCCGUCAACGGUGCACCGUCCACACCCAGUGGCUUCAGCGAUGGCCCGGCCACCUCGUCCACCGCCUCCCUGUCCACGCAGCACCUGCCCCCGGCCUGCGGGGCACGGCAGCUCAGCAAGCUGAAACGCUUCCUCACCACCCUGCAGCAGUUUGGCAGUGACCUCUCCCCGGAGAUCGGGGAGCGCGUGCGCACGCUGGUGCUGGGGCUCGUGAACUCCACGCUGACCAUCGAAGAGUUCCAUUCCAAGCUCCAAGAGGCCACCAACUUCCCUCUGCGUCCGUUCGUCAUCCCCUUUCUAAAGGCUAACCUUCCCCUGCUGCAGAGGGAGCUCCUGCACUGUGCCCGCCUGGCCAAGCAGACCCCUGCCCAGUACCUGGCCCAGCAUGAGCAGCUCCUGCUGGACGCCAACGCCUCCUCCCCCAUCGACUCCUCGGAGCUCCUUCUGGAGGUCAACGAGAACGGCAAGAGAAGGACGCCUGACCGGACCAAAGAGAAUGGGUCAGACCGUGACCCGCUGCACCCCGACCAUGUCAGCAAACGGCCGUGCACCCUGAGCCCCGCCCAGCGCUACAGCCCCAGCCACGGGCCGCCCCAGCCCACGCCGCCGCCGCCGCACUACCGUCUGGAGGACAUGGCCAUGGCCCACCACUUCCGUGACCCCUACCGGCAUCACGAGCCCCGGGAGCUGCGGGAGCGCCAUCGGCAGCUUGCGGUACACGGGUCCCGGCAGGAGGAAGUGAUCGACCACCGCCUCACGGAGCGGGAGUGGGCAGAGGAGUGGAAGCACCUGAACAACCUGCUGAACUGCAUCAUGGACAUGGCUGAGAAGACUCGACGGUCGCUCACCGUGCUGCGUCAGUGCCAAGAGGCCGACCGCGAGGAGAUCAACCACUGGAUCCGGCGCUACAGUGACACCGAGGACGCCAAGAAGGGCCCCGUGCCUGCCGCUGCCCGGCCCCUCAACAGUUCCGUGGGUGCAGAGGGGUCUCAGCUAGAUGCCCACCGGGAGUUCAUGCCCAGGACCCUCUCUGGCUACAUGCCCGAGGAGAUCUGGAGGAAGGCUGAAGAGGCUGUGAAUGAGGUGAAGCGGCAGGCGAUGUCGGAGCUACAAAAGGCGGUGUCGGACGCGGAGCGAAAGGCCCACGAGCUCAUCAGCACAGAGCGCGCCAAGAUGGAGAGGGCCCUGGCAGAGGCCCGGCGGCAGGCCUCAGAAGACGCCCUGACUGUCAUCAACCAGCAGGAGGACUCCAGCGAGAGCUGCUGGAACUGCGGGCGCAAGGCCAGUGAGACCUGCAGCGGCUGCAACGCGGCGCGCUACUGCGGCUCCUUCUGCCAGCACAAGGACUGGGAGAAGCACCACCACGUGUGCGGCCAGAGCCUGCAGGGCCCCGUGGCCGCCGUGGCCGACCCGGGGCCUGGACAGCCCGACGCCACCGCCGGCCUGGGCCCCUGCCUGCCCACGGGCGCCGCCAGCCCCAGCGAGGCCAGCUCCGCGGGGCCCUCCCGCCCCGGCUCCCCCGGCCCGCCCGGACCCCUGGACGCCGCGCCCCGCUGACCCCCAGACCCCGCCGCCCGGCCCCCCACCCUCCCGCGGCCACCGCGCCCUCCGGCCCCGCCCGGCCACGGCCCCCCGGGUCCGCCGGCCGCCGCCCCCGACCCUGGGGCCCUGGGAGCCGGCCGGAGCCGCUGCUGCUACUGCUUCUCUCCAAAAGAAAACAGAACCGACAAAAACUGCAUCAACGCAACUUCCUCAGCAACCUGGCGGCCCCCCGCCGCGACCUCGAGCGUCCUCAGAGACCUCCCGCCAAGCUUUAGACCGCAGGGCGGCCGGCGUGCCCAUGCCAGCUCUGCCUGCCGCCCUCAUGCCCUCCGUUCUUCUGUCUGACUUUCACACACUGUCUCUUUAAUGAAGAAAGUCUAGUUGUUUGGUGGCUUAUGUUUUCGGUGAAGAAUUUUGGGGGGUUUUGUGGAACAGAACUACUCAGAAACGGACCCAGAAAAUGGGGGUUUUGUCCCCUUCCCGGUUAAAACGGGAGACAGAAAAUUGUCGUGUUAUAGCUGGAGGUCUGAGCCGCCGCGACACGGAGGCCGCCCCGGGGGCGUGUGGCCAGCGCGGUGAAGACGGUAAGAAGAAUUUCGAUUUCCGACUCGAGAAACAUGGUUUGCUUUCAGGUUAUUUUUUUUUUUCUUUUAAUGCCAAACUCUUUGGCUUUAAGUGGAAAUCCAAAAAGGUUUUGAAAAACAGGGAGGGAAGCACACCUGUCAACUACCUUGCCAGCUAGCCAGCCAAGGACGCCGAACACACCUCUGCUCCAAAGGAAACCCAAAAAGCAAACACAAAACGUCAAGAUCCAAAAUGUUUUCGUCACUGCCAAAGUACCUUUCCCACGGUUUUACCCCACUCCUGGAUUUGUUCAUCUGUCGUCCCGUUCUCUCGCUCUGCCUCCGUGUUUGGGGUGCGGGCACUCGGGGUCUGGAGGGCGUCGCCCGGCAAGAAGCAACGUGUCUCUUUUCCACGACGGCAGGGCCUCGGCUGGGCACGCCGGCCCCGCGUGGACACGCGUGCGGGGGACGCCCCCGUCUGUCCUCACGCCCUCUGUGAAUCUUCAUCACGUUGCAUGUUUCCCACUUGUGAGAAAGCGCUCACGUGUCCUUCCC